AUGUCCACUUUUAAAAUAAGCGGAAUUGUAAAUUGCAGAUCAUGGGGGCCCGAUGCAAAAAAUGAGGAAUUAGUAAAUUACUGUAUGCCUGAAAUAAAAAAAUAUCAAUUUGAGCCAUCCAUGAAAUUUGAAAGAAUAGGAAAGAUAUGUGAUUUUACCAGUAGUAAUUAUCAGAAAAACUUAAAAGAUAUAAAUAAAAAUACAAAUGAUGCAAAUACGUUAGAAGAAGAGUUACAAUUUCAAACUGUUGAUUUGCGUGCAAGUCAAAAGCAAAAGGGAAAUUUAUAUAGCAAAAAAAAAAUUCAUAAUAAACAGACUACUCAGGCAUUUACUCAAAAACAACAAGAUGAAGAUAAUUUAUAUAGCAGUAGAAUAAAAACAGCAGAACAAAAAAAACAAAAACUAUUACAACAAGCAAAAACAGCUAGAAUUAAUGCAAGGCAUAGAAUUUUCACUGAAUGGAGUAUUGAACCUACUCCAGUAUGGACAGUUGAAUGUGAAAUAUUGUUUAAUGAAUUACCAAAAAAAUUAAUAAAAUUAGAUCAUUUUAAAAUUGAAGAUAUAUGCUUUAAAGGAAAAACACUAUAUUAUGAUAAGAAAAUUGAAAAUAUAAAUGUAAAAAACCCUCCUGCUCUAAUGCAUUUAAAUAAAGAUUUAGAUUAUUUAGCUUCAAAAACAAAAGAUGAUAAAUCUUUGAUGGAUAUAAUACCUACUGAAGAAAAUAAAUGUAAAGAAGAAAAUACAUUUUUAAUUGUUUCAACAGAUCAAAUUUUAGCUUGUCUCAUGUCUUCUGUUCAAUCAAAAUAUUCAUGGCAUUUAUUAAUUACAAAAGAAGGAAAUAAAAUUAUCAUUGAUAAAGACGAAGAUUCAAUUGUUGAUUUAUUGACAGUUAAUGAGAAUUCUAUCGAUGCACCAACACAAGAUAAUGAAAAUAAAAUUAACAGUUUACAAGCAUUAGGUUUUGAAGCCAUAAAAAUUAAUCAGAGAUUUAGAAAACAAGUAUUAUUAAAAAAUGAAAUAGCAGAAGAAUAUGAAAAUGCUCUUUUUCGAACGAAAACUAAUAAGCCAUCUGAUGUCCUUUAUAGAUACAGAAAAAUUAGUAUACCCCCCUUAACUAAUAGUAACUUAAAAAAAAAUUAUACAUUGAUAACAAGAGGAGAAAUUCAUUCAAAAAUUAAAGGAUCUAAUAAUUCAUACAUUUAUAUAUGUGCUUUAAAUGAAUAUGAUAUUAAGAGUCAUAAAAAUUGGAGAUCCCAAAUUGAAAAUCAAAAGGGAGCACUUUUAGCAAAUGAAAUUCGUAAUAAUACAUCAAAAUUACAAAAAUUCAUUUGCCAAGCAUUAUUAAGUGGAUGUGAUGAUUUAAAAUUAGGUUUUAUUUCAAGAAAAACUAUUAAUGAUGCAGAAAAUCAUCAUAUAUUAUCUAUACAAUCACAUAAAACAAAAGAUUUAUCUACUCAAAUUGGUUUAAAAUAUGAAAAUAUAUGGGGUAUUGUUAGAUAUAUUACUGAUAUUAUUUCUGAAAGACCAGACGGAAAGUAUGUUAUACUCAAAGAUCCGUUGAAGCCUCUUUUACGUUUGUAUUGCACAAACGACGACGAUAAUAACUAA